CCGCCCUGCCCGGUCUGACGCGAUCGCGCCGCCGCGCCGCUUAGUGCUCCGCCCGCCACUGAUGCUGAGUGUUCGGGACGACGGGCUUCGCGCUUGCAUUGUCUGAGGCGGCCGCGAGGCGCCAGAGUCGGCAUGUCGCUGCCCCCGGAGAAAGCCUCGGAGCUGAAGCAGCUCAUCCACCAGCAGCUGAGCAAGAUGGAUGUCCAUGGCAGAAUCAGAGAAAUUCUUGCCGAGACUAUACGAGAAGAAUUGGCACCUGAUCAACAACAUUUAUCAACAGAAGAUCUGAUCAAAGCUCUUAGACGUCGAGGAAUCAUUGAUGAUGUGAUGAAAGAACUUAACUUUGUGCCUGAGAGUGUUGAUCAAGAACUCUCUUCUCCAAAGCAAACUGUUGCUUUUGAUAAGCAAUCAACAUUAAAAAAAACUAAUAUUGAUCCAACACGGAGGUAUCUUUACCUUCAGGUUUUGGGUGGAAAAGCUUUCUUGGAACAUCUGCAAGAACCGGAGCCUUUACCAGGACAAGUUUGUUCAACUUUUACUUUAUGUUUACAUUAUCGGAACCAGCGCUUUCGUUCAAAACCUGUUCCAUGUGCUUGUGAACCUGAUUUCCAUGAUGGCUUUUUGCUUGAAGUUCACAGAGAAAGUUUAGGUGAUGGAACUAGAAUGGCUGAUUCAACAACAAUGUUAUCGAUAAGUGAUCCAAUUCAUAUGGUGCUGAUCAAAACAGACAUAUUUGGUGAGACCACGCUAGUGGCUUCCUAUUUUCUGGAAUGGAGAUCAGUUUUGGGCUCAGAAAAUGGAGUGACCAGUCUGACUGUGGAACUUAUGGGUCUUGCCUUAGAACGUCAGAAAACUGCAGAGAAAGAACGAUUAUUUCUGGUGUAUGCUAAGCAGUGGUGGAGAGAGUAUUUGCAAAUUCGACCCUCACAUAAUUCACGGCUGGUAAAGAUUUUUGCACAGGAUGAAAAUGGGAUAAAUAGACCAGUCUGUUCCUAUGUUAAACCACUUCGAGCGGGACGGCUUCUGGAUACUCCGAGGCAAGCAGCACGAUUUGUCAAUGUUCUUGGUUAUGAACGAGCCCCUGUUAUUGGAGGAGGUGGCAAACAGGAGCAGUGGUGCACUCUGCUGGCUUUUCUCUGUAGGAACAAGGGUGAUUGUGAAGACCACGCCAACCUGCUGUGCAGCCUUCUUCUUGGAUAUGGACUGGAGGCUUUUGUCUGUGUGGGGACCAAGGCUAAGGGGGCACCUCACGCAUGGGUUAUGACUUGUGGGACUGAUGGGACCAUCACGUUUUGGGAGAGUUUAACAGGGCACAGGUACAUCCACAAGCCUGCUAAUCCUGAUGGACCUCCACUUGCUGAACAGCCCAAACCAUUGUACCCCUAUCGAACAAUUGGUUGUGUUUUCAAUCAUCAGAUGUUCCUGGGGAACUGUCAACCCUCGGAUGCAGUAGAGACCUGCAUAUUUGAUUUGAAUGAUGAGUCCAAGUGGAAACCCAUGAGUGAAGAAGCAAUUAAGUCUGUGUGUGCUCCAGGGGCUACCACGUCUCUCCCUCCCUUCCCACCUCUGUGCGCAUCCACAAUUGACGCCUCAGUCACAAGCAAUGAAAUCGAAAUGCAGCUGAGACUUCUGGUGUCAGAGCACAGAAAGGAUCUUGGCCUCACUACUGUUUGGGAGGAUCAGCUUUCCUAUCUUUUAUCACCAGCUUUGGCGUCAUAUGAAUUUGAGCGAACGACAAGCAUAUCUGCAGGCAAUGAAGAAUUUCAAGAUGCUAUCAGGAGGGCUGUACCUGAUGGCCACACAUUUAAAGGGUUUCCAAUACAUUUUGUGUAUAGAAACGCAAGGCGUGCAUUUGCCACUUGUCUUCGGUCUCCUUUUUGUGAAGAAAUAAUCUGUUGUCGUGGUGAUCAGGUGCGACUGGCAGUUCGUGUUCGAGUGUUUACCUACCCUGAAUCUGCAUGUGCUGUUUGGAUCAUGUUUGCUUGUAAAUAUCGCUCAGUAUUAUAGGACUAACAUUUCCUAAGAAUUACUCCUGUGUUUUAUUAGAAUGGUAUAUGACUAGCUGUGUGAAGGCUUCUUAAUUUAAAUUCAGCCUCUGACUUUUGAUGUCAAUGUUUUGUAUAGAUCUGACUGGUAACGUUUUAAAAUAUCAUGUAUGUAUUUAAAAAUUAAGUAUAAAAUAUUUGUAUUGAAUUUAGUAUAAAUUAAGUGUAUAAUAAUAAACAAUACUUUCUUUUGAGGGACUCAGUUUGACUGUGAAUAUAAGAUGUUUACAUUAAUAAGUAAAGAGAUUUGUCUAGUGAUUUAAGCCAUAGUUAAAUCAAAAUGGUCAUUAUUUUUCAUAAAUGAAAGAUUAUUUUACACAAACUAGGAGAAGUUAACUUCGUAAUAGCUUAUUUAUUACAUAGAUGAAAAUAUAUUUUGCUGAAUUAGUAUUUUUGUGGUUUACUCAUGACAUUAGGGAUAUAUUUGAGGCUUUCCAGAAAUUUUUGUGAAGACUUUGAUGUAAGAAUAGGAAAAAGAGCCAAGUAUGGUGGCACAGGCUUUUAAUCCCAUGAGAGGCCAGCCUGGUCUACAUAGCAAGUUCCAGGCCAGUCAGGGCUAUACAGUGAAAACCUAUCUCAAAAAAAAAAAAAAUGUAGUAUCAAAAGCAUAAAUAUUAAUAACAAGUCUCACAUGAGUAUGUGGGAGUGUAAAUAAUUUACUGAUAUUAUUAAAAUGAAUUGAGCACUUUAGAAAAUACUUAUUACACUUCCUAGCUACAAAGUGAUUUGACUUUCUCUAAGGAGCUAAUGAUGAAUUUGUCAAGUUUGACUGUCCAUUCUUCUGUGCAGAAGGGUGUUUUGUUUUUGUGAUACUAGAAACCCAGGGCUUCCUGCAUGCCAGGCCAACACUACCACUGAGCUAUACCCACAGUAUCUCUCACUAUGUAGCCUUUGCUGGCCUGGAACUCACAGAGAUUUGCCUGCCUCUGUGUGCAGUUUCUUAGUUUAGUUUCUUUACCCAUUGGUUGUCUUAAGAUGUAAGUGUAUGCUAGUUCACUAUCCAAAUUAUUUAUUCUUUUCAUUACCUAC